UCGUUUCGACAAACCUCAUAAGUCUCAAGUCAGACUGAAUAUGGUUGAUAUUUAUCAAGUGACCAUGAUUUUGGUUGGGGGUGGGACCACUGGUUGAAUGGUCUUGAUGAGCUUAACAUGUGAGUUGCUCUAUUUUACAAAUCGUGAUUUCGUGAACAUAAUAAUGAUUAAUGACGCCUCUACAUGGUAUAUACUCCAUUCUCCAUAAUAAUUGCAAGAGAAACGACCGAGCAGAAGCAAAACGCGAACAGCAAAAGAGAGAGAAGCAGGCAGCACAAAGCCAGAACCCAGAAACCAUGUCUGACGGAUUCUCCACCAGUGAGUAGGUCCCAACUGAAGAAGGUUGAGACAAACCAGGUGAAAUCUCUUCAAACCUCUUCUGUCUCUCUCUCUCUCUCUGUCUGUCUGUGGGGUUCUAUUCUUCUGUUCCAUUUAUAUCGAUGGGGUCAAUCAAACCAGACACUUCGUCAACACUCCGGCGGAGGAACUCGAUAGCUUCUUCGCUCCCUAUAAAGCUCGAUCUCCCCCCGGUGUUGAGCUCAAGCUUUCCCAACGGUGACAAGUCGUCGUCGUUGCCCAACGAUUUCGAGCUUGUUUCUUUACAAUCACAGACUUAUACUUCCUUAAGGGACUUGAUGCCUUCAUCCCCUGGCGCAGUAGUCCAGUCUCCGACCGGCCCCGGUUCUCAGUCCGGCUAUGAGAUUUCCAUCAAGAACCGCCUCGUCAAGCAGGCUGCCUGGGCUUACCUCCAGCCCAUGUCUUCGCCCGUGGACUCCUCCGGCCGGCAUUUCUUCCGGCGGAUGUGGACCAAGUUUUCCGGCGAGUACUUGAGGAAUUCGGUCAGUGCUUGUAUUGGGUUCAUUAAUCGGAAAAUUAUCCCAAGGAUAACGCGAGUCUUUGAUCGGUUGCUCGGCAACAUUUGGGUAGGAUGGAGACAUGAAGGGCUACUUUAGUAAUGGCAGCUACCUACCUCGCUGAGGGUGAUCGGUGAUGAUAACGGCGACUGUUACGAAUCUCUGUGUAAUUGACAAAAUAGAUUCUGUUUUCAAUGUGUAUUUAGUACCUAUACUUUCGUUCAAACUUCCCUUUCUUAUAUAAAGAGGCGGAGAGAGAUGCAAACUAAAGAGAAAAAAAUGAAGAAUUAACUGUAAUUAAUUGGAAAAAAAGAAGAAAAGAACAAUCCU